GCGGUGGUGGAUUUCGUCGGCGAUGACGACGCCCAACAACCUUCCCAACGGCGGCCACCACCAGCGCCCACACCCUCCGCCCGACCCUCGGAGGCAGCGCCACUACCUCGGCACGCCCAUCGCCACCCCUUCCUCCUCUUCCUCCGCCGCCUCCUUCAAGGGUUGUUGCUGUUGCCUCUUCCUACUCCUCACCUUCCUCGCCCUCCUCGCCGUCGCCGUCGCUCUCGUCAUCGUCCUCGUCCUCAAGCCCAAGAAGCCCCAGUUCGACCUCCAACAGGUGGUCGUGCAGUACCUCCUCGUCGCCCCAGUUUCAGCUGAAUCAGGAUGAAAGAUGAAUAGAUAAUGGUUGAGAUGGAAAAUGAAAGCUGCAUGAUCGGUAGCUGGCUUCCUCCAAAUCCAAG